GCAAUAAAAAAAGCAUUUUUCGUUCCUCCGUCGUGCGUUGUUUUGAUCGAAAGCGUUAAAAUUGAACGAUAAACGAAAAUUACUCAAAUAUGUGCGGCCGCACGUGCUUGACACUGGACCCACAGGAGUUGGAAUGUUGCUGCAAGUACCGGAAAACGGCAGAGAGCAAACCGAAACUCCCGCGUUAUCGCAACGAGUUCAACUGCGGCAAAAAGUACCAGCCGUCUUUCAAUGUAGCUCCAACCGAUGUUACACCGGUUCUGGUGUCGGCCAUUCACUUUGAUGAAACGGCUGAUUCAGCCGACCAAUUGUUGGUCCCGAUGAUGUGGGGCAUAGUGCCUCGCUGGCACAAGGGUGACUAUCGGAAGCACGGUCUCACAACCAAUAAUUGUCGACUGGAGGGUCUAGCUUCCUCCAAACUCUACGGUCCGCCACUGGCCGCCGGACAUCGAUGCGUGAUACUUUGCGAAGGGUUCUACGAAUGGCAAACGGUUCGGCCAAUGAAGUCCUCCGAGCGUCCUGCCUUUUACGUUCACAUGCCACAGGACGAGAAAGUGAAGGUGGAAGACAGAGCAACGUGGGACUUGGCGGAUGGCCAUUUCAAACUGCUGCGUAUGGCGGGCCUGUUCGACGUAUGGAACGAUGAAAACGGAGACAAGCUGUACAGCUACACGGUAAUCACGUUCGAAACAAAGGGUCAAUUUGCCGAAAUUCACCAUCGAUCGCCGGCCAUCCUCGAAUCGGACGAGCAGGUUUCCGAUUGGCUGGACUACAAGCGUGUUCCUGCAAAAAGAGCUCUAACCAUGCUACAGCCUUGCCAUGACAUGCGCUGGUAUCGCAUUUCAAACAUUGUGAACAAUUCACGCAACAAAUCAGAUCAGUGCAACAAACCUAUGCAGGACUUAAAGCAGGUUGGCACAAGCCCAAAAACGACGCCAAAGAGCAAACUAAUGCAAUCGUGGCUGAUCGUUAAGAAAAGAAAACUAGAUGAAACCGACGCAGGUGAAGAGAGCGACCGCAAAGACAAUGUGAAAUCCAUUUCAGAUUCGCACCCUUUGGGGAAAAAACCUAAAACUGAUGAAAGUUUUCAAAAAUAACAGUGAAACACAGCAUAUAUUAAGUUUGAAUUACGUCUGCAAAGUAGGCAGUAAUACAUCAU